AUGAAACACCACCAUGCCAAAUCAGGCAGCGGUUUCAACAAAAUAUAUGGACAAGGAUACAGUUACUCUAUAAAAGUCCAAAGGACAGCGCUUGUCACACCAGUUGCUGUUAUUCUGAAGGUUACUGUCUACGGGGAACAUAGAGAGACUUUUGCAUCGAGGAUCAUAGGAGGUUAUGAGGUUCAGAAAUAUGCUGUCAAAUAUCAGGUCUCCCUACAGUUUUACUCUUGGGGACACUACUGUGGAGGAACUCUCAUUAAUCCUCAAUGGGUGGUGUCUGCUGCCCACUGCUGGAGGCCGCCGAGGCUCCUGACGGUCGUGCUGAGUGAACAUAACCUGUACAAAUGGGAAAACGUUGAGCAGGUUGUCAAAGUUUCAGAGAUAUUUGAGAAUAAUUGGUUUAACCGUCAAACAUUUGACAGCGACAUCAUGCUCAUCAAGAUGAGUUGGCCAGUGAAGCUAAACGUCAACCUCCAACCCGCUCCGUUGCCUAUGCUGAACAUGACUCUGAACAACGGUGACGUCUGCACAGUUAGUGGCUGGGGUGUGACGAACAUCUACAGUUAUUCUCCCUCACCUGUGCUACGUGCUGUAGAUGUGGAGAUCGACACCGAUUGUAGUGACAAAUACAGAUGGUACGCAAAGAUCACUGACAAUAUGGUGUGUGCUGGAGACACAAAUGGAGGAAAAGACUCCUGUCAGGGUGACUCAGGAGGUCCCCUUAUGUGCAAUGGCUACUUAGUGGGUAUUGUCUCCUGGGGUAUCAGCUGCGCCCACCCAUACUUCCCUGGAGUCUACACCAAAGUGAGCAAUUUCGUUGACUGGAUCACAGACACUGUCAACAGAAACACACCCUGAACAACUGUCUGGAAGAAGAAUCUGCAAUGGCCAACUGUUCUGAUGAUGAUAGUGGGAACCCUCCAGCCCUCUUUACUUGUGUACUUGUCAUCUUUCAUACUCCAACAUGAUUUGCAAACUGCUGCACAGGGCUGAUUAGUGUCAGACUUGCAGUCAU